AUGUUCAUUUCGACUCCUGCGCGUUACCUCGACUUUGGCGGAUUAGGGCGCAACCUUCUGCUUAUAGUCGUUCUAUUGGCAACGGCUUCUCUGACUGUAACUGGCAUUCAGAACCAGGCGUGUGGACGGAACGCCGUUUGGACGCCGUCCGGGCUGGGCAGGUAUGGAUUCCACCGACGAAUCUGCACCGAGGAUGCCUACAUACGGGCACCAAUAUAUCGCAACUUCGUACAUCAAGGAUGGCGAGGCUCCAUCUGGGAAGACGCCGCAUCUAGCGAUAAGGAGAUCAGGAUACAUGGACUUCGCAGUGCUCCCGAUGCCGUGGUCUUCGGCAAUGGCGCCGAGAGCGCAGGGCGGAAUUUCCAAUCAGGCCAAUUGCACCAGACACCUGUUGGGCAAUAUAAUUACCCAGGGUAUUUUGUUGGCGAAUACAACGGCGGAAUGAGACCGCAUGCCAAUGGCUACGCAUAUCAGUCAUACAACAGUGGAAUACGAAGCGGAUAUUCCCAUGCGAACACGCGUAACCACUCAUAUGGGCCGUCUACAUUCCCCGGGAAUCCGUAUCAAGUCCAGGCGCCCUACGAUCGCUCAGUCGGAUAUAAUGCAUACAACUCAUACUCAGGCUAUGGUCCCCAACGCGGCUAUUCUACACGUCCGGGAAUGCAAAAAUGGCAUGUAUCACCAGUUAUGCCGAACAAUAGGCCAUAUCAGUCAGCUAACGCUAGGUUUCCAUUUGCCGAUAGCCGGCAUCAGCCUUUCGAACCAGCUAGGGAUACGCGAACCAGGGGCGGUGUAUAUGGGAGUGAAAACGUGAGUAAAAUAUCGCCCAAUGGCGAAAAGGAGCAAUACGGAGACUCCGGAUUAACAAACAAGGAGUACUUCUGCUCGUUUCGUAUGUACAACCAGCUGAAGUGGAUGAACGACUUCACUCCACACGAGGAAUGGCCUGGCACAUCGAAACUUAAGCACGGGGAGGUGUUCAACGUCAUGAUUCGCCAUUGGAUGACACCUGUGAAUGCUGUUGUCCUUUCGCUUGACAAGAUGGCAGAGUGCUGCCUGGUUGCGGAUGGCGUACCCCCUGAGCUGUCCACCCCUACGAUGAAAACGCAUUUCAAAACCGACAAGAUCGUGCAGGUCAAGCUCAAAUGGCCGCAGGAAUUUGACGAAAAAGGAAGACCCCUUGUUGUAAUGCAUUUCCCAAAUGGGGACCCACCACCCACGUAUGGCGCGGGCGACCUCGCCUGGAGCAUCCCGCUGAUGAUCAACAACAACCAGGCCAUCAUGAAGCUCGAAGACAGCGACAAUGUUGCCCUUAUGUAUCUCUGCGAGUUAGGCGCGCCUUUGAUUGACAACAAGCGAUACGGCUUUGCGGAUUUCCUUGCGAAAGGGGAACGGAUCCAGCUGCAGAUUACACAUGCACCGCGAUAUCCCCAGCACCUCACCUACAGAGCUUGUGUGCCGUGGACCUCCCCCAAGAGGCUCGAGUGGGCCCGCAAGUUUCCCGAAAUAAAGGAGAUGCUUGCGCCUUGCGAGUACAAUCGCAACUUCUUGAGUGUCAUUGCUCGUAGCCCCGCCUAUUCUAACAUGGGUUUUGGCAACCAAGAAAUUCCACCGGACAAUUACAAACCAGAAACUCAUGGCAGCAGCGAGAAGGACAUUUACUCCUUUCUUCCCACUGCAGACAAGCCUCUCAGCAUAAGCGAAUUCACCAAAAGUAUCGGUGGUAAGCUGAAAGACGUGCUCAGGUAUCUCCUCCUCCAGACCAAAUCGCCCGUCGACCCGAACACGCCCAUACCUGUGAACCUGGCCAAGACGAUCUACAACUUCGUGGCGGGUCGGACAGAGUUCAAUGAUAUCGACACGUAUACAAGAGCGUACGAGAUUGAUCAGCUCAAAGAGAAGAGUGUUGUUGUUAGUCUAGACAGACCCCCAGUCGUUGUGCUGAUGGGUCACAUUAAUCACGGGAAGACAGCGCUAUUCGAUAUGCUUACGGGUAGCUCAAACGUCGAGAAGGAGCCAGGCCAGAUCACACAAAUGGUACGCACGCACAGCCUCACGGGCGAACGUUCGAUGACGCUCAUUGACACGCCUGGCCAUGAGGUCUUCGAUGCCAUGCGCAGAUGUGGUGUAACCAUCGCCGAUAUCGCACUAAUUGUGGUGGACUCCACGGAGGGGUUGAUGAAGCAGACGCGUGAAUCCAUCAACCUCUGCAAGAAACUCGACAUACCGUUCAUCGUCGCCGCCACCAAAUGUGACCUGCCCAACGCGCGGCACCGUGCUGAGGAGCUCGCGCUGCAGUUGAGUGAAGAUGGUGUGGUGAUAGAAGGCCUGGGGGGCGACAUUCAGUUCCUGCAAGUGUCUGCAAAGGAAGACACUGACAGUGCGAAGCAAGCCAUCCUCGACGCCAUCAUGCUGCAGGCUGCUGCCAGUGAUGACCAUGUGGUGACGGAGUCGCCCGGUACCAUUGGGAGGGGCUACAUUCUUGACUCGGGCAAGGGAAACCGCACCCCUCCAUUCUGCCUGGCGAUUAUCAAACAGGGGAAGAUUACCAAGGACAGCUAUUUCGUGUCAGGCAAAACCAUCGCAAAAAUCAAAGGUCUAAAGACGCACGCAGGCAAGCGCAUUACCAGCGCCGUGCCAUCGCAGGCCAUUCUGGUGGAAGGUUUCGAGGAUGGAAUCCUGCCCACGCCGGGCGAUUCGUUUGUGGUCUAUACCGACGAGGAAAGCGCUCGUGUGCUAACUGACGACAAGAUCGAAACUGAACGGGAGCAGGUGGCGGCUACCGAACUGCAGCGCAUAAUAUACGAGGGAAUUGAUGCGCUGGCUGGGCGUGCAACGGAGGACACGACAAUCAAACGAGUGCCAGCGCUGCUAAAAGGCGCCACACAAGGCCUGGUGGAUGCACUGAAGCAUGCGGUAUCGGCCUUGAAGGUCCAGGGCAUGAUGACCACGGGGGUGUACGAGAUAGUAGAAGCGACGGCAGGCCCGAUAUACCAGUCGGAUAUAUCGUCAGCGAAUGGCGCCAAUGCGGUUAUUCUCGCACUAGACAGCCCACUGCGGGCAGAUGCGAAGAGUGACGCCAAGAAACACAGUGUCACGGUUAUCAGCAGCGAGGUUAUCUACGACCUCAUGGAACAGGCCCAUCAGCUUUUGGUGCAACGGAUCGGCGACCGAUUGCUGACUACGCAGUACGGCAGUGCGCGGGUGCUGAAGGUGUUCGACGCCGCGAAGAAUGCCAAGGCUGCUGGAUGUGUGGUACUUAGAGGCAGAAUCCCCAAGAGCAGCGCGAUCCGUGUUCUACGCAACAACAGACCAGUUUACGCGGUGAGUCAACAAGCUGUUCCACUGACGAGUCGCAGGGCAAGCUAG